AUGUAUAAUGUUCAUUGUCGCACUAAGAAACUUGAACAUUUUAUCACGAUUAACAAUAAGCAUUCAGAAAUUGUAUCUAAUUGGGAAAAGCUGAGAGCUAAAGCUGGUGAAAGAAAACGACGUCUCGACAAAAGUCACCUUCUCCAUCAAUUCUUGGCCGAUUUCCGUGAUCUAACGUCUUGGAUCAAUGAUAUGAAAGCAAUUAUCAAUGCUGAUGAAAUUGCUAAAGAUGUUGCUGGAGCUGAAGCUCUUCUUGAGCGUCACCAAGAACUUGAAGGAGAGAUCGAUGCUCGAAUGGAUAGCUUCGAUGAAGUUCGUGAAAAAUUUAUUAUGGAUGGAUUUGCAGUUACAUUUGUAUUUUAUCGUAACACUGAACAAGCAGACACUUGGAUGGCUAAACAGGAAGCUUUUCUUACUAAUGAAGAUUCCGGGUACUCUCUUGACUCUGAAGCUUUGAUCAAGAAACACGAAAACUUUGAAAAAUCAUUGGCAGCUCAAGAGGAAAAGAUGAAAGCUUUAGAUGAAUUUAUUACAAAAUUAUUAACCAUUGAAGUCGUUGAAUUUUUCAACUCAUUUUUGAGCGACAUCUAACGAUAAGUUAUUCAUCUAAACGUAACU